AUGAGAAAAUUUGUUAAAAAUUUAAAUACCUUUAUAGUUAUUUUCUCUAUUUUCUUAUUCACAGUACAUUCAACUCCUCUUUGGUCUGCUGAGAAAGCUAACAGUUGGUAUAAAAGUAUUGGAUGGAGAGUAGGAUGCAAUUUUAUUCCAUCAACAGCUGUUAAUUAGCUUGAAAUGUGGCAAGCUGAAUCUUUUGACCCAACUACAAUAGAAAAGGAAUUGUCAUAAGCUAGUAGUAUUGGAUUUAAUACUAUAAGAGUAUUUUUGCACUACUUAGCUUGGGGAGAAGAUAAAAGUGGUUUUAAAUAGAGAAUGCAUACAUUCUUAAAUAUUACUGAGCAGUUCAAUAUCAAAACAACUUUUGUUUUGUUUGAUGACUGCUGGAAUAAUGACCCUCACGUUGGUUAACAACCAGCUCCUAUUCCUGGUGUUCAUAAUAGUCAAUGGGUUUAAUGUCCUGGAGUUUCUUAGCCAGUUUAUGGUGAUUAUUAGGAGUAUGUUUAGGAUAUUCUUACUGAAUUUGCUGAGGACACAAGAGUUCUAUUUUGGGAUUUAUACAAUGAGCCAGGAAACUCGAAUUACAACGACAGCAGAUUGAGCUUGUUAAAGGAUGUAUUUAGCUAUGCUAGGCAAGUUAAUAUCAGCUAACCUAUAACAUCUGGAUUGUGGUAUGAUAACUAGAAAUUAAAUGAUUUCUAAAAACAUAAUUCUGAUAUUAUAACUUUCCAUAAGUAUUCUGAGCCUAGCGCACUCGAAUUAAAAAUUUUAGAAUUGAAGUUACUGGGAAGACCAAUUAUAUGCACAGAAUAUAUGGCUAGAACUAUAGGAUCAACUUUCUAAAAUUCUUUACCAAUUUUCAAAAAGCAUAACGUUGGAGCUAUUAACUGGGGAUUAGUUUUUGGCAAAACUUAAACAGUUUUUCCUUGGGGAUCUCCUGAAGGUGCUCCUGUCCCUUAAGUUUGGUUCCACGACAUAUUUUGGUAAAAUUCUACUUGCUUUUCUCAAGAAGAAUGCUAAUUUAUAAAAAAUAUUACAUCCUAGUCUUAGGCUUAUGUUUAUUGA